AAAUUUAUCAGGUAAGCAUAAAUUUUGUUUUACAUCAAUUAUUUAGGUAAAUGAGAAAAAUAUCAUUGGCAUAAUAAUUUGUAACAGGGUGUAGUUUAGUUCCAACAAUGGAUAUAUAAGAACAAAAGUGCAACAUUAAUUAUAUAUAUAUUGCGAGUAAAGUCAGAUAUUCGGUAAUCCUAGGAUUACUCGGUAAAACGGACAUUUAAUUUGCUCACUAAUUAAGGGAUCACCAUAGUAACUAACCCCACCCACUCAGUAUUUAAAUAAGAGGCCCAUGUAGGAGGAUGGCAAUGGAUAGCCCUCUGACGAAGUGAUACACUCACGAAACGCGCAAGGGCAGAGCUACAAGCAGCAGGUGGCACCACGGACAACACAAGAGCCGGAGCUGCAUCCUAUACCUCUGAACAGGACUCGCACAAGACUUGCAGGGAAUUGAACUUUAUAUGAUUUACAUGCUGGAUGGUAUCUCUUUUUAGAGAAUUGGUCCGUAUGGGACGUUUUGAGCUUCUGAAUUAAGAGCUGAUUUUCCCUUACUGGUAUCUUGUUUACCACUUUCCUGUUAUUUGUGAGCUUUGGCUGCAUAGCAACAGUUAUACAGACAUUUUUGCUGCAACCUUAAAGGGACAGUCUAGUCAAAAUUAAACUGUCAUGAUACAGAUAGGGCAUGCAGUUUUAAACAACUUUCCAAUUGACUUUUAUCGUUAAAUUCACUUUGUUCCCUUGGUGGUAUUUUUGAAAAGCUAAACCUAGGUAGGCUCAAGCUGAUUUCUAAACCGUUGAAAAGCGCCUCUUAGCUCAGAGCAUUUUGAAAGUUUUUCACAGUUAGACAUUAUUAGUUCAUGUGUGGCAUAUAGAUAAGUGUGCUCACUCCCGUUGAGUUAUUUAGGAGUCUGCACUUAUUGAAUAAACUGCAUGUCUGUCAAAAGCACUGAGAUAAGGGGGCAUUCUGCAGAGGUUUAGAUACAAGGUAAUCACAGAGGUAAAACAUAUAUUAAUAUAACUGUGUUGUGUUUAUGCAGAACUGGGGAAUGGGUAAUAAAGGGAUUAUCUAUAUUUUUAAACAAUAAAAAUUCUGGUGUAGACUGUCCCUUUAACACAGUAGAACUUUUAAUUGAAACUAGAGAAAUUGGUUUUAUUCCUGUAAACUAAUACAUUUCAUAUUUUAUUCUUACAACUGCAAUCAUCUUUGUGUAAUAUUCUAGUACACUUUACUACCACAUUCAUAGCAGGUGUAACAGACGAAAGUAAGAGCACCAUCUUUACCUCCUACCAACGCGAGUCACUUACCUCGUAUGAUUGAGGUAACACCAGGUGAUCCGUUUUCAAACACAAGCUAAAUACGCCUCUGUUUUUGAACUUAUUACACUAUAAGUCUCUCUCUGUUUUUGUCCCCCCGUUUUUCUUUUUUGCCUCCUCCUCCUGGCCCUUACUCCCCUUGAGCGCAGACCUUCCCCUUCUCUACAUAUAUAUAUAAUGUUGCGGGUAAAGUCAGAUAUUCGGUAAUCCUAUGAUUUCACGGGUAAAACGGACAUUACCCAAGUGACUGUGGGUAAAGCCCGAUGAAUGAUCAUAAAUUCACUCAAAGUGUGGAUUCACCGCAUCAAACCUAUAUAGUAUGCACUGUAAUUCCCCCAUCUUCAUUAUCUUUUUUUGCCUCAUUCCCUAAGGUUCACUUGGGGUGGAUUCCAGAAGAUUGGAGGGACACCUUCCUUGAACCCCACAGGCAAAAGCAAUAGUGUAGAUGGGGGAAUUACAGUACAUCAGGCUUUACCCAUAGCCACUUGGGUAAUGUCCGUUUUACCCGGGUAAUCCCAGCAUUACCCGGAUUAUAUAUAUAUAUAUAUAUAUUGUAAGAACCAGCUGAAUGCUGGGAACUUGGAAAUAAAUCCAGCAUUUAUAUAUAAAAGCAGACAUGUUUCAUUCCUCUGCUGUUUUCUCAGGUAAGAUACAUACAGUAAGACAUUUUUCAGUUUAAAUGUAUGCACCAUUUUAUUGUGAUGACACUGGUGUGCUUUUUAGUUGGCACAGCCUAUAUAUACUGGGCAUGCCCUGAAUCUCCUCUUUGCUGCAUCGUCAUACACCUAAGUGCUUCAUAUUUGUCACACUACUGACAGGGACAAGGAAUUUACAUUUUACUUUCACAUAGAGCUUUUUUUAUUAUAUAUUUUAUUUGAUAUGUUGUAACGUGUUAGAAUGUUUCGUAAAUAUAUGGCACCUAGAAGAUCAUCUAUGAAGAAAAAACUACAACAUGUGAAAUCAGAAAUUCAUAAUCAAUAUAAAAUCAUUUGUACAGGUGAAGGUAUUGCUGAUAUUGUAUUAAAUGCUGGGCAAGCAGAAGAUUUAUGUGUGCGGAGUCAGCUGGGAGCUCCAGAACAGGAAAUCUGUGACCAAGUCAACACAGAUGUGCGCAAUGACAAUCUAGAUAUGGUGAUGAUCUGUGAGGAGGACGAGGAGGUGAGAACAGAAGAGGAUGUUCAGCUGGAGGAAAUCUGUUCAGACCCCAGUUCAAGUGGAAUAAACAUUGGAGCAUCGAAUAUAGAACAAGUAGAAGACGUGUGUUUAAGAAAUCGGCUUCAGUCUUCAGAUAUGGACGUUAGUGAAGAUGAUGUUACUAAUGAAGCCACCAGCAAGAAUACAGAAAAACAGUACCAGCCCACGCCUUAUUUCUCAGAGGAUGAUAACAGUCAGCCUCAGAUAAGCAGAGAGACUGAAAGCUGUUCACUUACAGAACCAAUGUUAUAUGAAAGUGGAGUUUCUGCUUCUGUCUCACAUCAAUGGGAACAAACCAUUAAUGCUCCAAGUGAUACGUUUCAUGAAGGCAGUAGUGAGGCAACAUGCGGACCCAAAAGGCUGAACAGUUCAGACAUAAACUGUGCAAAACGAGUCCACAAAAAAGCAGCUUUCUAUGUCCCCCAACCAUCCCAUAUUGAUGAGAAACUUCCUAAAAAUAAGAAAUCAUAUACUUUUAAUUCUGAUUUUCAGGUUGCACCCAAUAGAACCCAUACAGAGAAUAAGUCAUAUGCUUGUCCUGUUAGUGACAAGUGCUUCACGAAAAAGACUAAACUGAAUGAACAUUUGGGAAACCAUUCACGGAAGUAUGUUUGUCCUGAAUGUGGUAAAGGCUACUCGCAGAGGUGGUAUCUGGUGACACAUCAUAGAAUUCAUACGGGAGAAAAGCCAUUUGUCUGCCCAGUAUGUAAUAAGCGCUUUACACAGAGAUCAAAUCUUUACACACAUCAGAAAACUCAUACAGGAGAGAAGCCAUUCAUGUGCCCUGAAUGUCACAUGUGCUUCACUACACGGUCCUAUCUGAAUAUACACCAGAGAACUCACACGGGAACAAAGAACUGAUGGCUAAAGACCUUUCUGAACACUUCUUAAAUCAGCUUAAAAAUCACAGAAGUUAGCAUAAGCGAGUCAUUUAAUAUAGUGACACGGCUCCAACCCUGGUAUGGAACAUCAUAACUAAGGAACAAGAGUAUCUCCAGCCAGUCAUGUUUGUCUUUGUUCUGUGAUCUCUCCUGUACACGUGUGAUAGGGCAUAAAUGUGCACAACACACCAAAGACCCACAGCCCAGCCACCUUCUAUUUUAUAGUAUCAGUUGGAGAUAGGAUCAGAUGUGUUUACUUUUUUAUCACUGCAAAUAUAAAAAUUGUCCCUCAUUUAUUAGGAAGCUCUAGUCCUAUUUCACUGCACACCACAGGCCUCAGUUCCUCAACAUUCUACUUAAAGAGGAAACAAGGCAAUGAGUAAAUUCCCUAAUGUGUUAAUUGCUAUUGCUGGCCUAUACAUAUGUGUUUUACUUCCACAAACGUGAGUUACUCAAGUCUGGCAAUACUGGUCCUGAGUUAAACACAUCUGGCAUAUGUAUGUAGCAGCAAGUCCCAGGCCGCGUUCAGCUCAGGGCACAUUAGAGCAUUUUUCUAAUUUCCUUUCAUGUCCUUUUAAACCGAUUCAGAAGGUGCUGGUUAUGACUAACUGUAUGGUCGUUACUGUAGGGAGAUAAGUAAAAUGGCAGUGCUAUAGCAAUAAACUAGCUUCUAUAUGUUAUAUACACCUAGGCUUCAUCUCUGAAAGGGGCUUUGGGUGCAGGUGAUUUAUUGUGUUAAUGUUGGUUCUACCAUCCCUGCCCAUGUGACUUUGGUUUGCAUCUGACCAGUGGAACAUACAGUGGCAGUUAGGGUGGUAAUGAUUAGCGCUCACAAUGAUAGGACCACCCCUCAUGAUGACGUGGGACCUAUGUGACUUUGGUUUGAAUCUGACCAGUAGAACAUACAGUGGCAGUUAGUGAGGGUGGUAAUGAUUAGCUCUCACAAUGAUAGGACCACCCCUCAUGAUGACGUGGGACCUCUGCAGUCCUUGCUUCAGAUGCUAUGUCUGUGUAAGAGUGAAGUGUGUUGUCACUGUCAUUUUAUGUUAUAAGCACCAUAUUUUACCCAUUAUGUAGACACACCUGAAUCUUGAUGCAUGUUACAUGACUAUGUUAUAUAUACUGUAUAUAUAUACUGAAUUUAUACUAAUACCUUUAUAUACCAAACUUUAUAUACACACAAACCAAAUGAGAUUUACUUUCUUUUUCAACCAAGAUGUGUUAGGUCCAAGUAGACAAAGCAAACAGCAUAACACAUGCCAUUUAUAACAGUGGAAAAUUGUACUGUUUAUGUUAAACCUUGAAAAUCCCAUCUCAAGAUGCACAAUAUCUCCUGUGAAAUAGUGAGACAUAAACCUGAUAAAAAGGACUUAUUUCAUAUAGUUCAUAUUAUUUUCACAUUGCAGGGAAAUAUAUACACUAAUCUGGGCCCAAUAUAUAAUUAAUACAGCUAUUCACACACCGAACAGUAGAUUAUAGAGCUUAAUAUACUGGGACACUAACCAGUAGUAACACAAAUAAAUGAAUUACUUGAGGAUGUGUAUCUAGGCAGGGUGGAGAGGGGAUCUGUAAAUUCCUUACAUUUGUCCUAGAUCAAGAGAAAUCAGACUGUAUAACAAUUCUACAAAUCCACGUUCACUACAUAGACACACUCAGAAGGUAGAAUGCAUGAGUCCAAUGAUGUUGUUUUAUCAUAACAAUUAUUUAAUCUUGUAUUGUGAGAAAGUGGAAUUAAAACACAAUAUAAAAAAUGGGAUCAGAUUAUUUUGCAAGAAAACAAUAAAACAUGUACGUAA